CCUCGCCUGCCCUCGCGCGCUCCGCCCUCGCCCUCCGCCCCCGGAGUUAUCCGCGCUCGGCCUCCCGCGCCGGGCGGGCUCCGCCCGAGGCUCCGGAGCCCAUGGCCAAGCGGCGUGCGGCCGAGCCGCUGACGUUCCACGUGCCUUGGAAGCGGCUCCUGCUCUGCGACUUCCCCGAGGAGCCGCCGCCGCUCUGGAUCCCGCCGCCGGGGGCCUCCCAUCCCGGGCAGCCGGUCGGCGUCCCGGAGCUGCCCCGAAAGCGCAAAAUCGACGCGGGGGCUAUGACUGAGCCUUCCGCUUCGCCCAGCAAGCGCCGCGACGGCCAGGACAGCAGCGUUCCGGGCGGCGUGCAGCGUGAGGGCCGAGGCCUGGAGACGGGCGAGCCGCCGCAGCCGCUGCCUCCCGUGCGGCCCCCGGGGCCAGGGGAGGAGCCCCGGGGCGCCCGGCCCCCGAGGGGCGGUGGCGACGACGGGGCGGGGCGCACAGAGCCGCGGCGGGGAGACUGGGGGGCAGCACCGCGCCAGCUCAAUGAAGAAUUUUGGCAGUAUAACACCUUCCAGUACUGGAGGAAUCCUUUACCACCUAUUGAUCUGGCAGACAUUGAAGAUGUAGUUGAAGACAACCUGCCAGAAGCAACGCUUCAGGGCAAGGAUGAAGUGGUUGAGAUUGACAUGGAGUCCUGACAGAGGGGCUGAAGAAUAGGUUUCUUCCGAAUUUGAGGAGGCACCUCUUAAGUGAAUUCACAUAUUCUUAAGGAAAAAAGUUAUUUUCCAUACUUGAUGUGAUACCAUUCCCAAACCUGGAAAAUGAGGAAAAGUUGUUUUAAAGAUAAAUGCCUACAGUCAGUGCUGAAACUUUCAAAAGGGAUUUGUCAAGGAUGUAGUGCAGUUACAGGGGAAGUGUUUUAUAUAUGUACUCUUAAAGAAAAAUUUAUGUUUAGACUCAAUUUGAAAAUACUGAUCUUAUAGAAAGGAAUUCUGACAGUUUUAGAAGUAGGUGGGGAACACUCAAAUAUUCCUCUUCUCUGUACCAAAAAGUUAAUUUGUGGUACAUGAAAUGAAUAUUGUUUUAUAAUAACUCUUAUUAAUAAAAUGCUUUCUAGUACAUUGUAUUGACUCCUCUAAGUUGAAUGGAUAGCUGACUGAAACAUCUAUGCAAACUUAAAAUGUAGGGGGUUAAAGGUGGUAUAGUUUUAAAAGAACUUUCUAAAUGUAAAGUAGUGAGAAUUUCAUUUGGGUAGCACGUUUGCAUAGUUUCCAAUGUUUGAUAUUUGUUGGGGAAUCCUAAAUGGAUAAAGAACAAUGAGGAGCAAAUAGGUGCUUCCCCCCUUUUCCUAGGAUGAAAAGAAAGAAAUUUAGUUGUAUUUCUUAAUUUCUUGGUUUUGAAUUGUUUUGACGGCAUGGUUUUUAUUGCUUCUAACUUAAGACUUGUUCUCAACACAGACGACACUUCAGAAACCCUUGCCUGAGCCCCACUGGAGAGACUCCCAUUUAACUGAGAUGGGCCUUGGUUAUAGCUAUUUUUUUAAGCACCAGCCCUCCUUUUCCCCAGUCCUAAUGUGCAGACAACUUUGAGAACCACCAGACUAAUGGUAGUUUUUCCUAUUUAAAGGAGAUAACUAAUUUGAGAUGAAGCAACUCCUCUUAAUUAGCUUUGUUUUUAUUUCGCUCUUUUGGUGGCUUUGUUACAACUUAAAUUAUUGUGUUAUUACUAUUUCAUUGUUAAAAAAAUAAAGUAAGCAGUUUGUGUUUGAGUUGAGUAUCAAUGAUUAAGUUAAUUAACUUUUGUACUACAUCUAGAAUGUUUUCUUUGUAAUCAAGUAACUUGUCCUUGUAUGUUUUUUGUUGGUGACAGUAGAUCCAAAAUUCAGAAAGGGUGAUAAAUGCCCAUGAGAGAGAAAAAAAAGCCCAAUGUUUUUUAUAUAUCUGUAGGAUUUAAGUAUGGGUUGACAUUAAUGAGAAUAUUCUAGAACAAAAGACAUGUACUGUGGUUAAGAAUUAAGGCUUUGGUGUCAGACAUGAUUCAAAGGCUUGUACUGCCACUUUCUACUUAUGUAACAUUAAGCAAGUUAUUUUUCAUCCUCAA